CAAAUUUAUAUUUACAUAUUCUUUUACCGAUUACCACCACGACCUGAGCAUCAUGUCGCAGCCUAUUGCUCUUCUAUCCGUCUACGACAAAACGGAUCUGCUCGAGCUUGCUCAAGGGCUCAAUGCUGCCGGAGUUCGUCUGCUCGGGUCUGGAGGGACAGCGAAGAAGAUCAGAGAUGCUGGGAUUGCCAUUGAAGACGUUUCUGACAUUACGAAAGCACCUGAAAUGCUAGGCGGAAGGGUUAAAACACUUCAUCCGGCUGUCCAUGGAGGUAUCCUCGCACGAAACAUUCCCUCCGAUGAAAAAGAUCUCACCGCCCAAGGCAUCUCACUUAUCUCCGUUGUCGUCUGCAACCUCUACCCCUUCUCUUCUACCAUCGCCCAGCCAGACUGCACCCUUGCAAACGCCGUAGAGGAGAUCGACAUCGGCGGCGUCACCCUUCUUCGUGCAGCUGCCAAGAACCAUGAACGAGUUUCAGUUCUCUCUGACCCAAAGGACUAUGCCGAGUUUUUGCAGGCGUGGAAGGACGGCAAGGGUGACGUCGGACAAGCUUUCCGGAGCAAGCUGGCGUUGAAGGCUUUUGAGAUGACGGCAAAGUACGACGAGGCCAUUAGUGGGUAUUUCCGUGAGCAGUAUGCUUCUGGAGACCUACCUAAAGAGAAGCUCGCGGGUGCCGUCCAGAGGAUUCCCCUUCGCUAUGGUGCGAAUCCCCACCAAAAGCCGGCUCAGGCCUUCGUAACCGAGGGAACGUUGCCGUUUAAAGCACUAUGCGGAUCUCCGGGAUACAUUAAUCUCCUGGACGCGUUAAAUUCCUACGCGCUGGUGAAGGAACUCCAGCAAGCCCUGAACCUCCCAGCGGCUGCGUCUUUCAAGCAUGUCUCUCCUGCCGGCGCUGCUGUUGGGAUUGAACUGAGUGAGACUGAAAAGAGCGUUUAUGGUGUUGAUGAUUUAAAGGUUCCUCUCACCCCUCUCGCCUCUGCUUAUGCCCGCGCUAGAGGUGCCGACAGGAUGUCAUCAUUCGGAGACUUUAUCGCUCUCUCUGCACCUUGCGAUCUCGCGACGGCCAAAAUAAUUUCACGCGAAGUUUCCGACGGUAUCAUAGCUCCAGGAUAUACUCCCGAAGCCCUGGAAGUUCUCUCCAAAAAGAAGGGCGGUAAAUACUGUGUCCUUGAGAUUGAUCCCAGCUAUGAACCACCCGAAGUAGAGACCAAGCAAGUAUUCGGUAUUAGCCUUCAACAGAGACGCAACAACUGCAAAAUCGAUUCCAAGCUGUUCGAAAAUAUUGUCACGAAAAGCGAGGAGCUUCCUUCCUCAGCCGUUACCGACCUGAUCGUCGCGACUCUCGCACUUAAAUACACCCAAUCGAACAGUGUCGCGUACGCUCUUCAUGGUGCCAUCAUCGGCCUGGGCGCGGGCCAGCAGUCCCGUAUCCACUGCACCCGUUUGGCUGGUGGGAAAGCCGAUUUGUGGUGGCUCCGACACCACCCCCGAGUUCUCUCCCUCCCGUUCAGGAAGGGCGUAAAACGCGCCGAAAAGGCCAACGCUAUCGACCUCUUCGUCGCUGGUGAGGUUCUUGAGGGUGGCGAGAAGGAGCAGUGGGAGAGUCUGUUCGAAGGCAAGGUGGAGGCUCUCACUGAUGCUGAGAAGAAGGAAUGGGCUGCCAAGUUGGAUGGGGUGGCUUGUUCAAGUGACGCGUUCUUCCCUUUCCCCGAUAAUGUGCAUCGGGCGAAGAAGAGUGGAGUAAGAUAUCUAGCGGCACCCAGUGGAAGUGUUAUGGAUGAGGAAUGCAUCAAAGCGGCAGACGAGCAUGGCCUUGUCUUUGCUCAUACAUCAUUGCGGCUGUUCCACCAUUAAAAAUGGGCAUUAAUGAAACACGAGGGGAGUUGCAGUAGUUAAUACAAGUGUAUUGGUAGUUAAAUAGUGAUUUGGGGUCGAGCAUCUGUGACAUCAUAGUAGGCUGUUAAAAGCUGGUUGCUGCGGUUCGAUGGCUUUCCAUAGUUCCUUUCGCUCCUUCAGUAAAUCCCCACUCCACUCGCGGACCUCGGGGUGUCGUACUUUGGGAAGGCUUGUAUCGAAGAAUGUUUGUAGAUUUCUGGCAG